AUGUCGCAAAACCCUCGCGCGGUCGAGCCGCAGGUGCUCGAACAACCUGCACCAGCCCUGCCGCUCGCCACAGAGUUUUCGGCUGCAGGCGAGGAUUCUGACGAAUACGACGAUAUCGAUCUUCUUAUCCUCCAGCCAAUCGACCUCACAGAAUCGGAGACCCUACCUCACCACCUCGCCCAACGCAACACCACGCCCAUCUCCAUCAAUUCGAGCGAUUCAAGCGAUCGAGGAGGCUAUUCGGAACCUUCUUCACCAAUUGCAAGCGCUAUAAACCGCGCAGGCUUUGUUGAGCGGCCCCGUUUAGAACCAGGCGCGAUUUCCAGCCAGUCAGAGUGGGACGGUUGCAGCCAGGGCUCGGCUUCGGAGUGGGGUGGGUUCACCGACCACGACGGGGAUACGUCUGACGAUGAAGACAUUCCCAACCCCCCUAACGGUAUAUCAGCGCCUACUAUUGAGGGCCUACAGAACGCCGUGAACGCCUGGGCAAAGACAAGAGGGUUCGCAGUUACCCGGCAACAUGGGAAGAAGAACAAGCGAGGCGAAUAUGCUCGGUAUUACCUUGUUUGUGACCGCUUUGGUCAGCCUAGGUUCGGUGAAUCCGCUGGCCUACGUGAAACCGGCACCCGAAAGUGCGGCUGCACCUGGAAGUCAGUUGCCAAGCUUACCCAAGACGGCUGGGUGUUCCGGAAUUCUGACGAGCCUCAACACCAUAACCAUGGACCUUCUUCUCAUGCUUCCGCCCAUCCUCAACACCGGAAGAUCGCCGCUGAGGUUCUUGAUACCAUCGUCAACGCUUCAAAGCAUCACGGAAUCCGCUCCAGGGAGAUCGGGGCGCUCAUCAGAGACGGCUUCCCCGAUUCCAGCUACAUCAGGAAAGACAUCUACAAUGCGAGGGCGAAGAUCCGGAAGGAAAAGCUUGGUGGUUAUACUCCUGCAGGUGCCCUGAUCAAGUCGUUUGAUGAGAACGGCAUCAAAUACCGUGUCAAGUGGGCUGACGAGGAUGAGACUGAGCUCCUGGCCUUGGUGUUUACUUUCAACGGCUUGAUGGAUAUCACAAAGCAGUACUCAGACGUCAUGCAGAUCGAUCUCACCUACAAUACCAACUGCUUUGGUUAUCCUCUGUACCAAGUGGCAGGGCUCACCGGCGCCAACACCAUCUACAACUCCAUCUUCGGCUUCAUCGACAAUGAGAGAAAGGAAUCGUUCGAUUGGCUUUGCCGGGGGACACAUGAGCUGCGAGCUGAGUUCAGCGUUGAGCCCCCCAUCGUCAUCUUGACCGAUCAUUGCAAAGAGCUUAAGGCCGCCCUCCUGGAGGUAUUCCCCGACUCGCAACAACAGAUCUGCAUCUAUCACGUCAUAAAGAACGUCCUCCUCAAUGCCAAGAAGAAGUUCAAGAGGGUUGAAAGCCCUGAUUUCCUUGACGAAGAGGCUUUUGAAGGUGAUGAGGAUGUUGGUGACGAUGGGGGUAGUGCUGAGGUAGCCGCUAGGCUGAAUGCCGAGGAGGCAACUGCCUUGGCACGGAUCCGCUCCUUAGAUGACCCUGGUGUUACCACUGAGUCUCGCGGCCCCUUUCCCCACGACCACAAUGGUGUUGAGGCUUUGUUUAAAGUCAUGAAGCAAUGGAUGCCUUUGCGGCACCAGUGGGCGCAGUGCUACACCCGAACGUACCGAAACUACGGCGCAAGAGUGACGUCACCAACCGAGUCAAGCAAUCUCAACAUCAAGAGCUACCUCCUCGACGGUAGAAGCGACUGCGUCCGCCUUGUUGAGGGUAUCAAGGAGAUGGCUGACGAACAGCUUGAGCAUCUCCAGCAAGUUCUUGGCCAACAGGGAAUGAGUGUGAGAAAGAAUUGGCUGUCACGGCGGUACCUUGGCUCUCUACCUAACAAGGUGACGUAUAAAGCCUUGGAGUUGAUCAACCGCGAGUAUCGCUUUGCCAGGGCAGCGUUUCCUGGAAAGAAACAAAAGGCACGCCCUUUGCCAGCCUGCAACGAAAACAACUGUACGGCUACGCAGCAAUACGGUAUACCUUGCCGUCACAGCAUUUACAACAUCCUGGCGCAGUCACUCGUCAAACCAGAUGCCAAGAUCCGACUCUGGGACGUACACCAUCACUGGCACCUCAAGAACAGGCUUGGGGACCCCUACCUCCGGAUUCGUGAUCCCAGGGUUGCUACGAAGCGGAAGGGUAGACCGAGAAACGAGCCUGCCGCCGUGCCCCUAGAUAUGGCGAUCAUGUUUGUCAGGGGAGGUGUGGCUUCCACCCCUGCAGCUCCGACGAACUCCAGUACUCCGGCAACCCCCAGAAGGCUCCCCCCCACCGCCAGGGCUUCGAAUCCAUUGUCCCAGGCUCAGCCGACAACCCAGCGACGCAAGAGGACCCAGCCUAGGCCCCCUAAGGGUACUGCGCCGCAUCUGAAGCCCAGUAUACGUCGUAGGCUGUCACAGGUGGAGUUGGUGAAGUCUCCAGAGGUUGAUAGAGGGUUCGAGAGGUUCAAGAUCAAAGCUGCAAAGCGCCCAUCCUUGCUCACGGCGCCGAAGGCAACGAAAAGGGGUAGGGUUUCUGAGGUGGCUCCUGAGGCUGCGCCUCCGCGAAAACAAGCCUCAAAGCGCAACGCAGUGCUUUCUACGACCUCACAGUCAAGCGAACAGGUUCAGGCGGGCUCUGCAGCGCAAACCCAAGCCGUUCAGGACCCGUCUCCCCCCAUGACGAGGACUCGGAGUGGCCGAGCGGUCAAACCAUCGGCUAAAUUACGUGGUGCGGCUCAGGAGCGAUUUUGGGCGACGCCAUUGCCCGCUCAGCUCCCCAAUCGCAUCAGAACGUAUGGCCCGAGCGCCGGCCCCACCGCGGCCACACAAAUCUCAUUGGCCUUCAAUGGCGGCGCAGCGUUGCUGUCGUCCCGUACGAGACAGGGCGCCACGUCUCAAGCACGCAUCGCUCACGCCGAGUUUUACAAGGUCCGCGCCAUCAAAGACCGCGCAAGGGAGUGUUUAGCUCUCCGUCGCGCCGAGGCGGCGUGGAAUACAAAGGUUCACGAACCACUGUUGGAGCUUGCCUUGUCGAGGCGACACACGUCUGUCAUCUGCGAGAACGCAACAUCGGCCAGGAUUCUACCCUGCUUUCUUCCAUGCCUUAUUACAGGUGAGGUGGCUGAGGGCAAGAUGGUAGACUUUGUGCUAGCGCCCAACCUCGGCUCGGAGUCAGAGCUCGACAUUGCGAUCCAGAACAAGCUUGUCGAGCUGGCCAAGCAAAUGAGGUCCUCUGGACUCAUUUCGGCCCGUCUCUGCGUCAACCAAACCGAUUAUCCCCCCUUGAUGCGCUCUCCUGCGGCCGUGACCAUGGAGACCAAGGUUGCUGGAGCGAGUCUCGAAGAAGGACGACUGCAGUUGGGCGUGUGGAUAGCAGCCUGGCAUAGGCGGAUGGAAAUGCUCGGUGUUGGCGGCGGGAAAUCAGGCCCGCAGCUGCCUACGCUGCCCCUCAUCCUAACACACGAUCACGAGUGGUCUCUCUACUUUGCAGUCGAUCGUCUUGACAAGAUCGAGAUCUUCGGCCCCAUGCAGAUCGGAAUGACUGAUAACCUUCCAAACAUCUACCAGCUGCUUACCCUGCCCCAGGAACCGACCACGCAGCUGGCGCGCACUUCCACCACAGAACAAUGGUUGAACAUUGAGGAAGAUGGUACAGGUGGGAAGCGUUUGACCGCGCGGUUGUUGUAUUAUUACCCCCGGUACAAGCCGGUCCGUUCCCAUCAGCAGUACUCUGACUUCUGCCGCGUCAAGCUGCUCCUGAACCACCCCCAUCGCCAGUCGGAACAAUUGCUCGAGGUUGAUUUAGGGUUAGACAAUAAAGGGUUAGGGUUACCGCUGCCGGAAGAGGAUGAAUUCGAGCGAGGGGAGGAUGCUGGGGACAUCACACUUGAGGAUUGGCAGGAGGUGGCCCGGCUGGUCCCCGACCUCCAACUUCCCCACAAUCUCCCUGAAGAGCGCGUUCCGAGAGUGAAAGUGCCAGGCCGCGAUAUGGAGACGCUCCAGCAGCGGCAGGUAUACGACACGGUCAUGCGCCACUACAGAGCCAAGAACGAGAACCGUCAGCCUCCGCCCCUUCGUCUACAGAUUGACGGAGGAGGUGGGACUGGAAAGUCGUACAUGGUGAAGGUCAUCUCUUCUCAUCUUCAGGCCGAGGCAGCUUCCUAUGGCCGAGUUUCCCCCAUUGUCAGGGCGGCCCCGACGGGCGUGGCGAGCAACCAGAUAGGGGGACAGACUCUGCAUUCCAUGCUGCGGCUCCCCGUCGACGGAAAUUACCGCUCGCUCUCCAAGACUCCGACGACCCUGAACGCCCUGCAGCGGCGGUUCAGGGGCAUCCACUACCUCGUGAUCGACGAGAAGAGCAUGCUGGGCCUCAAAACCCUCGCGUGGAUCGAUCAGCGCCUACGAGAGGUGUUUCCGGAGAACCGCGACGAGUUCUUUGGCGGCCUCAGCGUCAUCCUGAUUGGAGACUUCUUCCAGCUCCCCCGUGUUCUUAACAAGCCGCUAUACUCAACACGCGACGACCUAAAGGGCAUCGAGAUUGUCGGGCGUAAUGCUUACCUCUCAUUCGACAAGUCGGUGUUUCUGACCACAAUACAGCGGCAGCAGGGCGAAGACCAGGCCCCGUUUCGGCGGGCCUUGGAAGAACUGCGAAAGGCUGAUGUGUCGGUACCCUCCUGGGAGCUCCUUGCUUCGAGAUGCUCUGUCAAGCUCUCUCCCGAGGAGGUUGACAGCUUUGCUGAUGCGCUUCGCAUCUAUCCCACCAAGGCCCAGGUCGUCGAGUACAACCACCAACACAUGCUUGGCCUGGACAGCCCCGCCAUUCAGGUCGAGGCAAAGCAUGAGGGUGUUGGUGCGGAGAAGGUUGAAUCCUCAAAUGCCGGCAACUUGGCCAAGCGCUUGCCCUUGUGUGUUGGUUGCAGGGUGAUGCUGACGCGGAAUUUGUGGGCCGACGUCGGGCUCGUCAACGGCGCACAGGGCACAGUCUACGACAUAUCCUGGAAAGAAGGUACCGACGACUUCAUGGUCGGCGCCAACUCAUGUUCGAGAGAGCAGUUCCCGCUGUGGGUCAGCUAUGCGAUCACCGUCCACAAGUCACAGGGCAUCACCCUGGACAAGGUCGUCUGCGAUAUCUCCGCGCCAGAGUUUGCUUCUGGCCUCUCCUACGUGGCCGUUUCGCGGGUGAAGACACUCGGCGGGCUGAUGUUUGAGCGGCCCUUCGACCGCGGCAGGGUGUACCGCGAGACACCAUCACGAGCUAUGGGGUUGAAGUUGUCCGAUCACGCUACUAGGCAACUGCAGGCGUUAGAUGCUGUGGCGGUGGGUUUAUAA